AUGAGAGCGGCUUCGCUAUUGCAAGGAUGCCUCCAGCUUCUUCAACUUGUCCACGUCGGUCUGUGCCUCAGACCGAAGCUGCAGCUUCUCUUCAUGUACGCCGACCAUCAGUGCACGCCCAGUCCCAGGUUGUUCAGGCCACUUGAAACCAUCUCCAAGACGACCGCAUACGUCACGUCGCUUGAACCGAGAGCCCUGCUUUCCAGGGAGAUCCAACUUAUGGUCACUCAAAUUGACGGUUGCAACGCAAAGGAGUUUAACCGCGGAUUCCGGAUCUUCGAGGCGCUCGAUGCGAUGGCCGAUGUGGCCAACAGGUCGAGGUGCUUCACGGUGUUCCUUGGACCUCCGCUUGGCGCUGAUUGCGUGGUCACCUCCGACUGGACCAUUUACACCUCCGUCGACACCCCCAGCUUGUUGAGGCCCUACCAGAUCAGCUACAACUGCCCGUCAUUCAGUCUGGCGAGGCAAUUCAUUGAGCGCAAUCGCGUCGAUCAGUACAUCGCUGAGGAGCCCAACUACGCCUCGGUGUUCAUCACGCUGAAUUUCUCCGCCACGGCACACGCCCUCAAAUCGCUGCUGCAGUUCCAGGGCUGGAGGCGCGUUUUUCUGCUGUUCGAGAUCAGCGACAGCAUGACAUCGCUUCUGUGGCUCACGAAUUCGAUCAAGUUGGCGUUUAAGGACGAGCAGAGAUUUGGACCCUCUGUGGACAUCGUCAGCUACCUUGGCAUCCGCGAAAACAUGAACUACACUGCGCUGCUGUACCAUUGGAUUAAACGCACUGACGCAAUCCUGCUUCUAUCACACCCCUCGUUGGCCGUAGCCUUUCUGCACGGUAUUAAGGCGAUUCCGGAGGUGGUGGCAGGCCGUGUGGCGGUGAUCCACUUCGACCCCUCGGACGCCAUCGCCUACGACGUCUUGCGUUCCUGGCGCCUCGAGCUGUCGACCUCGCGGGACCUCGGGGCCGCCGGCCAGUGCCUGCUCAUCGUCACGACGCUGCCCUAUGGCACGGGGUUCAAUGUCUCCUCGCCGCUGCUUCAGAGUCGCACCAUGGUCUCCUUGGCUUCGGCGGUGGCCUUGGCAGUUUCCAUGGUGAAGACGAUAAUCGUCGAGACCAACGCCACCUGGCCACCGCUCACGGCCAAUCUCUUUGCGCCGCUGCUGUCCAAUCACGUGCGCGUGCCCGUGGCGCCCAGUGUGGAACUUCACUUCAGCCGGUCUGACGAUGACGUCACAGAUUGGAACGACAUUUACGUGUUUCAACUGCUCACAGAAAACGUCUACGACGAAUCCUUCAGCAUCACCGAUGCGGCAUUUGACGAUGUCUUUGAAAUCGCCUCCGUGAUUCUCACACCCGGUGGCUACGUGACGGAGGUCGCGCCAUUUCGGUGGCCAGCAAACGGUUCUGGCCCCUACGUCGACACCUGCUUUCAGAUCAACUGCUUGGGCAAAGUGGACACAAUCAAAGGACUUGUGCUCGCGUCAGAGCUCGCGGCAGCCUCCAUAUUGGCAAUCAUCAUCGCCAUCUUUUUCAGACGCCACGAGAACUCGCUGAAGCUUCGAAUGGGUUCAAAUAAACUCGUUCUCUACCCCGACGACGUGAUUUUUCUCAAGCCGAAGAGUGCAUUUCCGUCGGGGUCCUACAACGAGAACUCCGUCAGCCAGAUUUUCCCCACAGGCCUCGUCGGUCCAGCCGCAUAUGAAAUUAGUUGCGAUAGCGAAAUUGAAAACACCAUGGAGGUCUCGACAACCUCGGAAGUUGAUGUUUCAAGGAAUAAUGGGGCCAUCGCCAUUUUCAACCAAAUGACUGUCCAUUGCGUAACAAUUUGGCCGAAGUCAGCGCAAGUAAUUGGCUUUCUCGCCAACCUCCUCCCCAUUUGA